AUGGCUUUUCUCCUUCGUAACCUGAGAGCAACAAGUAAGAAAAGUUUGCUCCUACCUACAACAAGACGCACGUUUGCGAUCUCAUCUGCCAUCAUGGCACCCCGCAUCAGUGACGCAAUCAAGCAAGACCACCGGGAGAUAGAGUCGUACUACGAACAAAUCGUCGGAACAUCAGACGAGACCGAGCAGACAAAGUACCAGAAUCAAUUUACCUGGGAACUGGCUCGGCACUCAAUUGGAGAAGAGCUUGUCGUUUACCCGGCUUUUGAGAAGUAUGUCUCCGGCGGCGUCGAACUUGCCAAUAAGGAUCGUCAAGACCACCAGUCAGUCAAAGAGCAACUGAAGAUCUUCCAGAAUCUGAAGCCCUCGGACCCUCGGUUUAUCCCUACAAUCAAGGCUCUAAUGGAGGAUCUAUCUAAGCACAUCAAGGAAGAAGAGACGAAUGAUUUGCCUAAAUUGGAAGAAGCUCUGUCGCAAGAGGACAGCGAGGGUUAUUCGACGUCCUUUGGAAGAACGAAGAUGUUCGUUCCCUCCCGCUCCCACCCCAGUGCACCGGACAAGCCGCCGUACGAGACAGUUGUUGGCCUUCUGACUGCACCAAUUGAUCACCUUGCCGACCUCUUCCGCAAAUGGCCUCACACUUCGGGAAUGCCCAACCCUUCAACAAAGUAA